GAAAGGAGAAAUGAAGUGGCUAGCUAACUUGAAAUGAAUGCAACUUUAUCAAGACAAAUCUUCAGUUCACGGCCAGAUAUCGUGAUACGGAAUCUUGAAUCCAGAUAACUUCAAAGACUCAAACUUGAAGUCUUCUUCAAAGGGAAAUGUAGCGUUCGGUGUGAUCUAUCGUCUGCCAAGCUAAGUUACCUUAGCUAACGUUUGUGAUUAUGUGUGUUCAUCAGAUCUGCCCAAGGCUGUGACAACUGGUCCCCGCUCUGCCUUCCCCCAACGGGACCUAUCCGCCAACCCACCCCGUAUAUGUCAGCCAGAUUGUCUGUAACCCCUCAGCUUUUUUGUUUUUUAAAAUAGAAGCAUCUGGUAUUUUUUUUUCCUCUUUUUUUUCGUCUCUGUGGCGUUCUUUCUCUGGACCAGAGAUCAGUGUUGUGUGUCGUCCCCACCCCCCCACCAUCCCACACACCCCUCCCCACUACGGAGUCCCAAGCUGCCCCCUUUGCCACGGUUUCCCAAUGUGUCUGCUCUGACCCGACCCGGCGUGCUCCACCCCUCUAUCCUCUCCUCCCUCUCUUCCUCCUCUUCCUCCUCUCCUCUCCUCCUCCCCUUCUCUUCACUGCAGGCUUUCCUGAGUGCUGGCAGCUGCGUCCUGCCUCCAUUUCCUGCCCUUGGUCCUGCAGCAAGGCUGACUGACUGACUGACUGGACUGUCCAUAUCCACAUCUCCCCACCCCCUUUCAUCCCAACACAGAUACACUCGCGAAAACACUCCCACUCGCACCAGUAUCUCUGUCAUUCUCUUCCUCUCUCUCUCUCUCUGUUCUGUCCUGUCCUGUCCUCUCCUCUUCUUUCUCUCUGAACGCUCUUUUCUGUAUUUUAUUUAUUGUUGAUCUCAUCCACACACACACACACACACACACACACACACACACACACACACACACACACACACACACACCGGACACACAUCACACACACACACAUUACACACAUCCUAUCCAGUUGACCUCAGCUGCUCAAGGACUUCACUGAGGUGCCUUCUUCCUCAUCCCUCCCCCACUCCUCGUCCUCCUCCUUCUCUUCUUCCUCCUCCUCCUCCUCCCCGUAUCUUUUUAUUUUUUCUUCCGUCUUUCCUCCCUCCCUUGAGUGGAUCGCCUCGCCUCGCCUCGCCUCCACCCUGAGACCUCCCGCAGAGAUCUCCAAGAGAGCCAGAGAGACCGAAAGAGGGAGAGAGAAACAAACAAACAAACAAACAAAAGACAGUGAGCGAGAGAUAGGGGGGACACGAUGACCUCCAUGUCCAGCCUGUUCUCCUUCACCAGCCCGGCGGUGAAGCGCCUGCUGGGCUGGAAACAGGGGGAUGAAGAGGAGAAGUGGGCGGAGAAGGCGGUGGACGCGCUGGUCAAGAAGCUGAAGAAGAAGAAGGGCGCCAUGGAGGACCUGGAGAAGGCCCUCAGCUGCCCGGGCCAGCCCAGCAAGUGCGUCACCAUCCCGCGCUCGCUGGACGGCCGGCUGCAGGUGUCCCACCGCAAAGGGCUGCCGCACGUCAUCUACUGCCGCGUGUGGCGCUGGCCCGACCUGCAGUCGCACCACGAGCUCAAGCCGCUGGACGUGUGCGAGUACCCGUUCGGCUCCAAGCAGAAGGAGGUCUGCAUCAACCCCUACCACUACAAGCGCGUGGAGAGCCCAGUCCUCCCUCCAGUGCUGGUGCCGCGCCACAGCGAGUUCAACCCGCAGCACAGCCUCCUGGUGCAGUUCCGCAACCUGAGCCACCACGAGCCCCACAUGCCGCUCAACGCCACCUUCCCCGAGUCCUUCCAGGGCGGGCAGGGUGGUGGCGGCGGAGGGCAGGGUGGUGGCGGAGGAGGAGGAGGGCAGGGGGGCGGGGGCCAGGGACAGCAGCACAGCAGCGGCAGCUCUCUGCCCAUCUCGCCCAACUCUCCGUACCCGCCCUCGCCAACCAGCAGCGGCACCUACCCCAACUCCCCAGCCAGCUCGGGGCCCUCCAGCCCUUUCCAGCUGCCAGCAGCUGACACACCCCCGCCUGCCUACAUGCCCCCUGAUGAACAGAUGGGCCAGGACGGCUCCCAGUCCAUGGAGACCGGCAGCAGCAUGGUACCCCAGAACAUGCCCAGAGGAGACGUGCAGCCAGUUGAGUACGAGGAGCCUGUGCACUGGUGCUCCAUCGUCUACUACGAGCUGAACAACCGGGUGGGCGAGGCCUACCACGCCUCCUCCACCAGCGUGCUUGUGGACGGCUUCACCGACCCCUCCAACAACAAGAACCGCUUCUGCCUGGGCCUGCUCUCUAACGUCAACCGCAACUCCACCAUCGAGAACACCCGCAGGCACAUUGGCAAAGGUGUCCACCUCUACUACGUGGGCGGCGAGGUGUACGCCGAGUGCCUGAGCGACACCAGUAUCUUUGUCCAGAGCCGCAACUGCAACUACCACCACGGCUUCCACCCCACCACCGUCUGCAAGAUCCCCAGCGGCUGUAGCCUGAAGAUCUUCAACAACCAGGAGUUCGCCCAGCUGCUGGCCCAGUCCGUCAACCACGGCUUCGAGGCCGUCUACGAGCUCACCAAGAUGUGCACCAUCCGCAUGAGCUUCGUCAAGGGCUGGGGUGCGGAGUACCAUCGACAGGACGUCACCAGCACCCCCUGUUGGAUAGAAGUGCACCUCCACGGCCCCCUCCAGUGGCUGGAUAAAGUACUAACGCAAAUGGGCUCUCCUCUCAAUCCCAUCUCCUCCGUUUCCUAAUAACGGCCUACCCUGUUCGUUCGUUUGGCUUGGAGGAUCUUUCCAUUUUUGUUGUUGUUGUUUUUAAUUUUUUUGUUUUUACUUUUUUUUAAACAAUUCAACAUUUUUACUUUUUUUGCGAAGAGGAGGUCUUAAAAGGCUGAACUGUUUACAACUACCUACAGCAUGGGUUAGUCCUUCCUUCCCUUUUGGAGCAGUCGCAAUCAUGAGAACGAACUAGUGCCACAAGCCAAACUGGCCGAAGAGAAUUCAAACGAAUGGCACAGAUAAAAUGGACAUACUACUGCUCAGUUUGUUUGCCUUCCUGAAAUGUUUUGUUUUUUGCAUAAUGUUUUCAAUUGAUGGUUGUAUGUGUGAUUUUCUUCUUCUUCUCUCUAUUUCUUCUUCGCUCUUUCUCUUGCUCUCUCUUCACUUCAACUAUGAGUAGGUUACCAAGUAGAUGGAAAUACUUUCUUGAAUUACUUUGAUGUAUCCCUACUUCACCUUAAAACAAAGGCAGACCUGCAGCGUUUUAAUUCUGUGAACAAUGUUUUAGAUGGUAUGCUGUCUAAUUUCCACAUAUUUACAAACCAAGCAUAGCUGCCAUUAUUGUGUUUACCAGUAGGCUCAGAAUUCACUACAAAAAUGUUUCCUUUUUAUAGUCCCUGUUGCAAUGAGACAAAAACUCAAAAAGUUACUGCUUUUAAAUAAAGUCUCUAUCCGAUCAAAAAUG